AUGUCUUCUUCUGAAGGUUUCCAGAUGAGUAACCAAGAUUAUAAAGAUGCAAAGACUAAUAUUAAUACAGAGUUCAUUGACCCAGAUCUGGAGUCUGAGUCUAUCGAUAUAAAAAAAGAGACCUUCAAUUAUAACCAAACUGGAGAAGAAAAAGGUUCAAAAUGGAGACAGUUUAUUGAUUCAUUCAAAAGAGUGGAGGUUCCAGAACUGGAUCCAAAUUUAACGGAACAAGAAAGAAUUGCGAUUAUCACAGCACACACACCAUUGAAACAUCAUUUAAAAAGUAGGCAUUUACAAAUGAUUGCAAUUGGUGGUGCAAUUGGUACCGGUUUGUUUGUUGGUAGCGGUACCGCUUUAAGAACAGCAGGUCCGGCGUCACUAAUUAUCGGUUGGUCAAUUACAGGUUCAAUGAUUUAUUCAAUGGUCAUGGCAGUUGCCGAAAUGGCCGUAUUGUAUCCUAUUUCGGGUGGGUUCACCACAUAUGCAACUAGGUUUAUUGAUGAAUCGUUUGGUUUUGCUAAUAAUUUCAAUUAUAUGCUACAAUGGUUAGUGGUUUUGCCUUUAGAAAUCGUUUCUGCAUCAAUUACUGUAAAUUAUUGGGGAACUCCAACAAAGUAUAGGGAUGGUUUUGUUGCCCUCUUCUGGCUUGUAAUUGUUAUUAUAAACUUGUUCGGCGUUAAAGGCUACGGUGAGGCGGAAUUUAUCUUCUCUACAAUUAAAGUGAUUACAGUUGUGGGUUUCAUUAUCCUAGGGUUGGUUUUAGUUUGCGGUGGUGGACCAACAGGUGGUUACGUCGGAGCUAAAUAUUGGCAUGAUCCUGGUGCCUUUGUUGGAGCUACUGCUGGUGCACAAUUCCAAGGCUUCUGUUCGGUUUUCGUCACAGCUGCCUUCUCUUUUUCUGGCAGCGAAUUAAUUGGUAUUGCAGGUUCUGAAGCUGAAAAUCCACGAAAAGCUGUUCCGCCAGCAGCUAAGCAGGUGUUUUGGAGAAUUUUAUUAUUUUAUAUCUUAAGUUUGUUAUUCAUAGGUCUCUUAGUGCCAUCAAAUGAUUCACGUUUAAUUGGUUCGUCAAACGUUGAUGCUGCAGCUUCUCCAUUUGUUAUUGCAAUCACAGUACAUGGUAUCAGAGGUUUGCCAUCAGUUAUUAAUGUGGUUAUUUUAAUUGCAGUUCUAUCAGUCGGUAAUUCAGCUAUUUAUACCUGCUCUAGAACCUUAGUUGCCUUGGCUGAACAAGGGUUCUUGCCGAAGGUCGUUAGUUACAUCGACCGUAGUGGUAGACCAUUGGUUGGUAUUGCUAUUAGUUCUUUCUUUGGGUUAGUUGCAUUUGUAGCUCAGUCAGACAAAGAAGGUGAUGUUUUUAAUUGGUUACUGGCUAUCUCUGGUUUGUCAUCAUUCUUCACAUGGGGUGCUAUUUGUUUAUGUCAUAUCAGAUUCAGGGCUGCAUUAAAGGCACAGAAUAGAAGCACUGACGAAUUACCCUUUGUGUCUCCAUUGGGUGUCUUUGGUUCUUAUUGGGGUCUCUUUUUGAUUGUUCUUAUGUUAGCAGCACAAUUUUAUGUUGCCAUUUUCCCUGUAGGAGAUACUCCAUCGGCCACUAAUUUCUUCUCAGCUUAUUUAUCACUUCCAGUAGUCCUAGUAAUGUACAUUGCACAUAAGCUAUGGACGAAAAAUUGGAAAAUAUUUAUUCCUCUGGGGCAAUUGGAUUUGGACACAGGAAGAAAACAACUUGAUCUAGAUUUGUUGAGACAAGAAGUAGCUGAAGAACGUGCCACCUUGGCAGCAAGACCACGGUGGUUUAGGAUUUAUACUUUCUGGUGUGCAUAA